CUCUCUUGUCAGGAACGCUCCGCACAUUCCAAGUAGCGUCCUGCGACGGCGACGAGCUGAGGCUCGAGUGUCCGCCCGACACGACCGUCUCCAUCAACCUGGUGCAGUACGGCCGGCUGGCCUCCAAGCCCGACCUCUGCGGCCAUCCGCGAGACAUGGAGUGGGUCAACAACACCGACUGCAUGGACAGGAAUGCGCUCAAGGUGGUGAUUGCCGAGUGCGGAGGCAAGCAGAGCUGUCGUUUGCAGACGUCGCCCAAAGCGUUCGGCGUCGACCCCUGCCCGGGCAUCAGGAAGUUCGUCGAAGUGCUCUACAAGUGCCAGCCGAGCCUGUUCCGGAGUGAGGUGGUGUGCCAGGGCGAGAGGCGGAAGAUCAGCUGCGACCGGAGCAGGAUCGCCAUCUACUCGGCCAGCUUCGGCGUCACCGAGCACGGCAGCAUACAGUGCCUGCAGGCCCCGGGCGUCAAGAUCACAAACUGCCAGGCGAGCUUCACCUCGGAGAAGAUGAUCAACCAGUGCCAGGGCAGGGAGAGCUGCGAGCUGAACGCAGACCCAGCCUUCUUCAACCGACCCUGCCCGGCCGACCACAACACGUACCUCAAGGUCACCUACACCUGCGUUCCAAAGAAAAUUCUUCGAGAACAGUACGACCAAGAGGAUGAGGAGGCGCGACAGAACGCUACGGAAGUUCCUCCGGCCGACCGUCACUUACCAUCUGGGAAGGACGCACCAAGCACGCCACGCAGCGGCAAAACCGGGCGCGGCCGCGGCGCCCCCCACUACGACGGCGUGCAGGGGGACACCAGCUCCAGGCCAGCGCGGCCGGCCGCGUCGCCGCCGCCGCCGCUGCCGCCGCCGCUGGCCGAGGAAGACUGUAACGAUACAGAGCCGAUGACGGCUGGGCAACGACACGUGAUUGGGUUUAUCACCGAGUGGAUCACGGCCUACCGAUUCGUGUCAGACAACAAGGAGAAGUUCAUCCUGUACCUGACGCUGAGCGUGACUGGGGGUCUGCUGCUCUGCCUGCUGGUGGUGAUCGGCCGGCUGUACUGCCAGCGCCGGCGCGCCCGCCAGGAGGUGAAGGCGCACUACAUCGAGCCGCCGCCGCACGGCUUCACCGACGACAUCAGUGAGGUCGACGCCGACAUCGACCUGGGGCCGACCGUGCUGAGCGCCGGCAGGCUCUCGCCGCCGUACGGCGGCCAGCGCAGCUUCAACGGCAGCGCGCUGGAGGCGGCCGAGCCGGCGCGCUACGCCAGCUCGGGCCGCGGCACGCUGCGCGACCACGAGCACGACACCAACCCGCGCAGCCUGACGCGCGGGGGGCCGAAUGUGUACUACUACAGCUAGUGACAUCUGGCGCCUCCCGCACAACUGACGCUUGCGCGCGCGGCCGCUGGUGGGCGACCCGCGCCGCGCCACGGGUCCCCCAUGUCGCCGGGGCGU